AUGAACUCGUCACCUAACCGGGACACUGUACAAUACCACAAUGGAGCUCACUUGACAGAUGAGAGCAUUCAACAGCUCCUUGCUCAGGCGGAGCGACGUCUCCGCAAGAAUACAGAAACAGUGAAUGACUCGAUCACAGCCCAUCAGUCCGAGCAGAGUAUUCCAAAUAUCCCCAAGUUAUCUACCGGGUCAUCUUUGAAACCUUACGUCCGGCAACAUAAUGACCUUGCGGUUAUUGAUACUGCACGAGUAAUCAAACCCAUAACUAACAAUGACCGCCAAUUACUGGCCAGUGAACAAGCAGCAUGGAAGUCAAAAAAGGAUAAACCAACCGCGGGUAGUAACUGGUAUGAUCUUCCGAAGACGGAAUUGACGCCUGAAUUGAAAAGAGAUUUACAACUUCUACGGAUGCGUUCUAUAUUGGAUACCAAACGGCAUUACAAGAAAGAAAAUAGCAAGGCCCAAGCGCCAAAGUACUCGCAAGUAGGAACUAUCAUCGAAGGCCCAACCGAAUUCUUCAGUGGCCGCAUUGCCAAACGAGACCGCAAGAGGACUUUUGUCGAGGAGGCCCUGGUUCUGGAAAAGGAAAACAAGCGCUUUGAGACUAGGUAUAAUGACGUGCAGGGCAAAAAAAGAAGCGGCAAGAAAGCCUUCUACAAGAAUUUACGAGCCAAGAGGAAUUCUGGUGGAAAGAACUGA